GGGGAGCUUGCGGAGGUGGAGAUGUCGGCGAUCGCCUUUCACCAAGCCGCCCUGCAUCUAACUGUUCUAGUCCAUCCCACCAACUCCACCCGUCGCAUCGCAACAGCUAUGGAAAGUCCCCACGAGCACCAACAGAGCCUUUUGCUCUCACGUAUCAUUGUCAAUGUUGAGAAACUAAAUGAGGCCAUCAUGAUGUUAAACAAGAAUCUCCAAGAGAUCAACAUCCAGAACAUGGACACUGAACUUGUCGCGCAGAUGUUCAAGAACUAUCAGUCAAAUGUUCUGUUCCAUCUUGAAGCGACAAACGGUCUGAAAGACCCAGCCUGAGGGGACUUUCCAUGCUCUUGGUUGAAAAACUGCAGCACAGGAUCGGUAUUCCAAAUCUAGAAGAUUGGUACUGAUGGUUAGAUGAGCUGAACGAUGGACAAAAUGAUACCCGUGUGCGAGAGACAGAUAGACAAA